AGAAGCCAGAGGAAGAAGAAAGAAAAGAAACAACACCUGCACAAGAAGUGGUACCAGCAGCUGAAACCGGUGAGGAGGAGCAACAAGAACCGAGAAGUGGACCUACUCCGAAGAGACAUUCAGAAAGGAUCUCCCUUCCCUCGGUGGACAGAACCGGACAGUCCCUUACGUCAUUCACUCGCCCAGGAGAGACCUCUACGCCUGCCACAAGGACCAAGAGUAAAGCAGAGCGAAAGGAAGAAAAGAAGUCUGCGAGGAAAGAAGAAAAGAGAAACAGGAAGCUGGACAAGAGUGCAAGAAAAGCCGGAGAGUCUGAAGCGGAAAGAGAGCCAGUGCGAAGAAAGCUCGACACGGCUCUGGAGCAUGCAGGGCAAGAAGAAAAGAUUGGACUUGAGGAACUUAGAAAAGAAUGCCAAGCUGAAGAUUCCCAAGCAGAAGCUCCAGAAGGAGCAGAAGCGUGUCUUGGCCGAAACCAGCACCAGAAGGCAACAAGAGCUCGAAGCAGAAACCAAGAGACUCAAAGCUGUGGAAGAAGCCGAGCAAAGAGCUCGAGAGCAGCGAGCAAAGAACCCCAAGGUGCAAGUACCAGUCGAACUGGAGAAAGCUGAAAAAGGAGCAUCAUGGUUUGAACAGAAAUCCGCAGAACUGGUGGAAGCCUACAUCCAUGGACAGCCGACGCAGCAGAAGAAGUCUAAAGCUGCAGAAGCUGUGUACUUAUCUGCGUGCAAGGAUUCUGAGCAAGCCCAGGAAGCUUUCAUUUCUGCACUCCAGAAAGUUCAAGACAGUGCCCAAGUACUCCAGAAGAGUAUGGGGAAAGCACUGGAAGCAGCUAUCGAAUUUGGCCGGGAAGAUGAAAGGACCAAGGUGUACGCCCAGGCGAAGGCGAAGUGUACACGACCUGAAAUCCCUCGAGUUAAAGCAAGACCCCAGAUCCCAGCGGGACUGCAAGAGAAACUCAGGCAGGAGAAGGAAACCCAACAAGCCCGGAAAGAGCGGGAACCCAGCAAGUCCGAACAGGAGAAGACAUCUGGAAAACUUCGAGAACAACCAGCUGAAGAGGAACCAGGAAAAGAAUGGACCGAACAAGUUUCCGAAGACACCUGGAAGGCGGAAAGGAAACUCGCGUCAGAUGAAAAGUUCUUGGACUGUGUCCAUUAUCCGUUCUCUCCAGAAUGGCAAGAGAAGGUACGAAAGGAACUGUUGGACCUGUCGUACCGUGGAUUCAGGAAGAGCGAGAACGAAGAAGUAUAUGUCACCAGGAAGUUCGGAUGGCAGUUUCGCUCGAGCAAGGAAUUCCAUACCAUCGAAGAAAGGUUACAGGAAAAGUUUGGGCUCAGACUGGUCUGGAAAAACACGGAAGUCAAAGGAAAGAGUAAGGCGAUGGAUGACUGGCAUUGCUACCCCCUUGGAAGAGGAUGCAUGGAGAAGCCAGGAAAGCAUGGAAUGUACACCAUCCAAGGAAGCUUGCCGCCGAGUAAGGAACUGUGCUCUAUAUGCUGGACUGGAGGCCACUGGAGGAGAGACUGUCCACUCAAGGAUCUGGUAUCCCAGCUGUGGGAGCCAGCACUCACAGUGUUGGUGCCAGGAAGGAAACUCCGGAAGUUCUACCCGAUGCGGAACGUCAUCUGCGAAAAGUACAAGGAAGAGAGGGAUGAGUUCCGGCGAUACUACCCAGCUGUGGUAUUCGCGGACUAUGGAGCCGUUGAUAGUAAGAUCUCCGAGAUCAACAAGAAGAAGUACAAGGAUGAAAAGAAGAAGAACCCAGAGAACUACCCGGAGAUUGAACCCCCAGCAGAGGAAAGAGGAAAAGGGGAAAGUACUACGAAGUACACAGAAGAACUCUUGGAGAUGCAAGAUUCAGCCAAGAAGAGGCGAACCAAGUUGCUCGAAGGAGGAACGAAAGAGACGAUCGAUGUGGACAUUGGGAGAACCGUCCUCGCCGUGGAGAAGAAGGAAAGGAACAUUGGGAGAACCGUCCUCGCCGUGGAGAAGAAGGAAAAGCUUGAAGAGUACCACGAAAAGAAACGCCAAGAAGAAGAAUCCAAGGAUCAGACUCCAGCAGUGAAGAGUCCAGUGAAACGUCAGAAGCAGUAUGUGAUGACCCAGUACAAGAACAGCAGGAAAGCACUGGAUCAGAGCGUAGGCAGAAUGCCUACCGCGGCGCUUGAGCUGCUUGUACUCAUAUUUCUUCAGUUGUCCAUCAACUGCGCAAAAUUAGGACCGAAGCUAUGGAAGCAACAGGCUCACCCGGAGCAAGUGGAUCAGAUGGAUCACCCAUUGGCCCUCGGAUGCAACCUUCAGAUGAUGGACUAG